AAACCUGAAGCUCGACACGCUCUCAAAUGUCACUGAGAAGCAAGCCAUGACUUAAUGAAAUACAUUUAGCACUUAUAGGCCUAGGCUUCACUUUUUUUUUCCUCAGAAAAACUGACGAGGCUACUGCGAGGAGCCAGUCAGUACAGAAAGAACUUUAAGCCACUUUCCCAACUAGUUGCUGUGUUGGUUUGUAGCAGUUAGUGUCGCUGAGACACCAGGAGUCAUUUUUGGCUGGAUAUGCAGUGACUCUAACCUCUAAUGAACAAGUGGUUUACAAGAUGAGUUCAACGGCAGACGAGACCGGAGGUGGAAGACCUCAGAAAACUGGGGGCAAAGACCACAAAAAGCCCACAGCUGAAGCCUUGAGAGGAGCCAUCCAGCUCGGCAUUGGGUACACUGUCGGCAAUCUGACCUCUAAACCAGACAGAGAUGUUCUCAUGCAAGACUUUUACGUUGUUGAGAGUGUCUUUCUCCCAAGCGAAGGCAGUAAUCUGACCCCAGCUCACCAUUACCCUGACUUUCGCUUUAAAAAUUAUGCUCCCUUGGCAUUCCGUUACUUUAGGGAGCUCUUUGGGAUUAAACCAGACGAUUAUCUGUACUCUAUUUGUAAAGAACCUCUAAUUGAACUGUCGAACCCUGGAGCGAGUAGUUCCUGGUUUUACUUAACCAGUGAUGAUGAGUUCAUUAUAAAGACUGUGCAGCACAAAGAAGCUGAAUUUCUGCAGAAGCUACUUCCAGGUUAUUACAUGAAUCUGAAUCAGAACCCAAGGACCCUCUUACCAAAGUUUUACGGGCUGUACUGCAUUCAGUGUGGUGGUGUUAAUAUCAGAUUGGUGGUGAUGAACAACAUUCUGCCUCGCUCUUUGAAAAUGCACUACAAAUAUGACUUAAAGGGCUCCACUUACAAACGCAGAGCAUCACGGAAGGAGCGUGCCAAAUCAUCCCCGACCUUUAAAGAUCUGGACUUCCAGGAGAUGCACGAAGGUCUUUACUUUGAUGCAGACACGUACAAUGCCUUGAUGAAGACUCUUCAGAGAGAUUGUCGGGUGUUGGAAAGCUUUAAAAUCAUGGACUAUAGUUUGCUGCUGGGAAUCCAUGUUCUGGAUAGGAAGAUGAGGGGGAGAGGCAACAGAGGAGACAGUAAGCGUCAGGGUGGGCAGAAGGUCCUGUACUCCACAGCCCGGGAGUCGAUUCAAGGAGAUGGCAAAGCUGCUGAGCCUCUUCCUGACGCCGAUGAUGACACAUUGGGUGGCAUCCCUGCUAAACACAAAGAAGAGAAGUUGCUGAUCUUUUUGGGGAUUAUUGAUAUCCUGCAGUCCUACAGAUUUAUAAAGAAGGUUGAGCACUCAUGGAAGGCUCUUGUGCAUGAUGGUGACACAGUAUCUGUCCAUAGACCUAAUUUCUACGCUGACAGAUUCCUGAAAUUCAUGGGUGGCACAGUAUUUAAAAAGAUUCACCCUCUCCGUGGGGCGUCCUCGAGAAGGAAGAAAAACUCUAUGCCGUCGUGUAGGUCGGCCUCACAGGAAGUUCUGUCGACUGUAAAAGAAGAGAGUCAAGAAGAGAGGAGGGCCCAAAGCCUCGAAAACCUUGAUGAUACAGAUACACAAUCCUCUCAGAAACCUGAUGUUAUUCCAAGCUCCACAAUGCUCAAUCCAGCUAUUUCAGUGGCCACUUUGUCUUCUGCUUCCUCUAUAGAUGAUGUGAAAACUGAACUGCAAACAGAAAACAGAGCAUCCAGCUCAACUCUUGCUUUGGAGGAUAGCACUCUUCCUAUUUCAGACUCACAGGCGAGCACACCUGAGUCUGGUCUGGACGUCUACCUGGUCAGUAGAUUCGAUGAAGCGUGAGGCCUUCUGAAGUGGACCAGAUCAUCGAAACUUUGCUGUCUCACCCGUCACUCCACAACUUUGCACAAUGGAUAUCUCUAGCUGCUAAUUCACAUGGACUGAGAAAAGCCUUAUUUUUGAAACAAUGGCAGAACGAUUGCUACACUAUAGUAGUGCAGUGCCUUAGACUGUGCACUUUGUACCCACUUGCAAGCACAAGUUUGUUGCAUAAUGAUAGUUACACUCCCAUUAGCCCAGUGUACUGUAACUAUAUCAUAAAUGCACUGGUCGGUACACAUGUUAAAGGUGUGACACCUGAUUAAAGCAUGUGUCAUACAAAGACAUAUAUAAUUUAUUAUUUAAUAAUCAUGGUAUAAUUAUAUUGUGAGCACUCCUGACUUGUAUUGUGUGGGUAAUGAUUUCAUUCAUUUAUUUGAUCAUUACAGUACGAUGACUAGUACCAAACAUUGUUUUGGUCAUGUGAUUUUGACGCGCAAUCGGCACAAUUAUAAUGGUCUAUGUUACUAUGUGUAAAGAUUGAAAUGGAUUUAAAAGUUAAAAACCAUAAAUCUUUAAAAAACUUUUUUAUAAAUAUGUAUUUAAAUAUAUUUUGAUUAGAGUAAUAUAUUAAAUGUGCUUUUAUGUAGAAUGUUUUAGUUGCUAUUAAAUGCUGCAUCUUCAGUAGAACUUUUCUACUUUUUCUGCCUCGCAUGAAUUUGUCUGUCUAUAAAAUAUGCCUGAAGAGCUGCAAGGUACAUUAAUGCACCAAUAAUUCUUAUUUUAAGUUAUUCUGUUUAUUUAUGAUGAAUUAACAUAAUUAAAGAUAGCAGUUAGAAAGUAUGGAAGUUCAAACCUGCAGAAAUUAAAAAAUAAAUAAUUAAAUAGAUAAGUAAAUGUAAUAUAGUAAAAAUAAAUAAAGUAAUAAAUGACUAAAACAAAUAUAAUUCAUUUUUAAAUUUAAUUUAAUCCUAAAUUUAUUAUUUGUGUUACUUUUUCCUUCAUUUAUUAUUUUCUGUAUUUAUUUUUCUGCAUUUUUUUAAUGUAUUUUUAUGUUUAUUUAUGCGUUCAUCUAUUUUUAUAUUUAUUUAUCCCCACAUGUAUUUAUUUCCACAUUUAUUUAUUUCUGCAGGUUUGGUCCUACAUAAAAAUGUGUCCGACAAAGCUCUUUAUCUGUUUAUCUGUUGUUGAUGCAUAGCUGCAAUAGUGCAACAGACUCUAUUCACUGCUUGCAAUAGCCGCAUACAAUCCACUAGGGGGUGUUUUGGUGUUGUUUGUCCCAGUAGGACAUAAGCUCUAUGAUCAAACCAAUAUAUUAUGUAUAUUAUGUAUUGUAUUAUUACAUCAAAAUGUUAUUAAAAGGGGAUAAAGGCCA